GCGGGGUGACCGGGGCGCAUGCGUAGCACGGCUUGACAGAGCGCGGAGGAAAAAUCCGCGAGAAGGCGGCAGGAGAAGAUGGCGGUGCUGGGGCAGAGUUUGCGAUCUGUCUGACUGGGCUAGUCGAAUAACUAUUCGGGUCAUGGCGUCAAACUCAACUAAGUCAUUCCUGGCCGAUGCCGGCUAUGGCGAACAGGAACUGGAUGCUAACUCUGCUCUUAUGGAAUUGGACAAAGGCCUGAGAUCUGGCAAACUUGGUGAGCAAUGUGAAGCAGUUGUUCGUUUUCCCAGACUGUUUCAGAAGUAUCCAUUCCCUAUUCUCAUCAAUUCUGCAUUCCUAAAGUUAGCUGAUGUUUUCAGAGUUGGAAACAAUUUCCUGAGGUUGUGUGUUCUUAAAGUUACUCAACAAAGCGAGAAGCAUCUGGAGAAGAUUCUAAAUGUGGAUGAAUUUGUGAAGAGAAUCUUCUCGGUGAUUCAUAGUAAUGAUCCUGUGGCGAGAGCCAUCACACUCCGGAUGUUGGGAAGUCUGGCGUCAAUUAUUCCUGAAAGGAAGAAUGCUCACCACAGUAUCCGUCAGAGUCUGGAUUCACACGAUAAUGUCGAAGUGGAAGCUGCUGUUUUUGCUGCUGCGAACUUCUCUGCACAGUCAAAGGAUUUUGCUGUAGGAAUCUGUAAUAAAAUCAGUGAAAUGAUUCAAGGUUUAGCUACACCAGUAGACUUGAAGCUGAAGCUGAUCCCCAUCCUGCAGCACAUGCACCAUGAUGCGAUCCUGGCUUCCAGUGCUCGUCAGCUUUUACAGCAGCUGGUUACAUCCUAUCCCUCCACCAAAAUGGUGAUUGUUUCUUUGCAUACUUUUACUCUGCUUGCUGCUUCGUCUUUGGUUGAUACACCAAAGCAGAUUCAGCUUCUGUUGCAGUAUCUGAAGAAUGACCCCAGGAAAGCAGUGAAGAGACUUGCUAUUCAAGACCUGAAAUUACUUGCCAAUAAAACACCACAUACGUGGAGUAGGGAGAACAUUCAGGCACUCUGCGAAUGUGCUCUCCAGACUCCCUAUGACAGCUUAAAACUGGGGAUGUUGUCUGUCCUUUCCACGCUAUCAGGGACCAUUGCCAUCAAACAUUACUUCAGCGCAGCACCGGGAAAUGUCGGUUCUUCCCCCAGAUCCUCUGAUUUAGUCAAAUUAGCCCAAGAGUGCUGUUACCAUAACAACAGGGGCAUUGCCGCCCAUGGAGUGAGAGUCCUCACCAAUAUAACUGUCUCCUGUCAAGAAAAAGAUCUUUUGGCGCUGGAACAAGAUGCUGUCUUUGGAUUGGAAUCACUUCUGGUACUUUGUAGUCAAGAUGAUAGUCCAGGUGCUCAAGCCACUUUAAAGAUUGCUUUAAACUGUAUGGUGAAGUUGGCCAAGGGCAGGCCCCAUCUCAGCCAGUCAGUGGUUGAGACCUUGUUGACUCAGCUGCACAGUGCUCAGGAUGCUGCCCGGAUCCUGAUGUGCCAUUGCCUGGCAGCCAUUGCUAUGCAGCUGCCGGUGCUGGGCGACGGGAUGCUCGGGGACCUCAUGGAGCUCUACAAGGUGAUCGGACGAUCAGCCACAGAUAAGCAACAAGAGCUUCUGGUGAGUUUGGCUACUGUAAUUUUUGUUGCCAGUCAGAAAGCAUUGUCUGCUGACGUAAAGGCAGUGAUUAAGCAGCAGCUUGAAAGUGUCUCCAAUGGCUGGACUGUGUACCGGAUUGCCAGGCAGGCUUCCCGAAUGGGUAAUCACGACAUGGCCAGAGAGCUUUAUCAGAGUUUGCUGACUCAGGUCGCCUCAGAACACUUCUACUUUUGGCUGAAUAGUUUGAAGGAGUUCUCACAUGCAGAACAGUGUCUCACUGGGUUGGAAGAGGAGAAUUAUAGCUCAGCACUUUCUUGCAUUGCUGAGUCUUUAAAAUUCUACCACAAAGGGAUUGCUUCCUUAACGGCUGCUAGUACACCACUGAAUCCUUUAAGUUUUCAGUGCGAAUUUGUAAAAGUCAGGAUUGACCUUCUGCAGGCCUUCUCCCAACUCAUCUGUACUUGCAAUAGCCUGAAGACAAGUCCUCCACCUGCAAUCGCCACAACAAUUGCCGUGACCUUAGGAAAUGACCUUCAGAGGUGUGGUCGAAUCUCCAAUCAGAUGAAACAGUCCAUGGAAGAAUUUCGAAGCCUUGCUUCCCGAUAUGGGGAUCUGUAUCAGGCCUCUUUUGAUGCUGACUCGGCAACUUUGCGGAAUGUGGAACUACAGCAACAGAGCUGUUUACUGAUAUCUCACGCAAUAGAAGCCCUGAUUUUGGAUCCAGAGUCAGCAAGUUUCCAGGAAUAUGGAUCUACUGGAACAGCCCCUGCUGACAGUGAGUACGAGCGAAGAAUGAUGUCUGUGUACAAUCAUGUCUUGGAAGAGGUGGAGUCGCUCAACCGGAAAUAUACUCCUGUUUCUUACAUGCACACAGCCUGCCUGUGCAAUGCCAUCAUUGCUUUGCUGAAAGUUCCCCUUUCGUUUCAGAGAUACUUUUUCCAGAAACUGCAGUCUACCAGCAUCAAGCUUGCUCUGUCGCCAUCGCCCCGGAACCCUGCGGAGCCCAUCGCUGUCCAUAACAACCAGCAGCUGGCACUAAAGGUGGAGGGAGUGGUUCAGCACGGAUCUAAACCAGGACUGUUCCGCAAAAUUCAGUCUGUCUGUCUGAAUGUUUCUUCCACGCUGCAGAGUAAAUCCGGACAAGACUACAAGAUACCUCUUGACAACAUGACCAAUGAGAUGGAGCAGAGGGUUGAGCCCCACAAUGAUUACUUCAGUACUCAGUUUCUGUUGAACUUUGCUAUCCUUGGGACACACAGUAUCACAGUGGAAUCUUCAGUGAAGGACGCCAACGGCAUCGUGUGGAAGACCGGCCCCAGAACGACCCUGUUUGUCAAGUCCCUGGAAGACCCUUAUUCUCAGCAGAUCCGCCUGCAGCAGCAGCAGGCCCAGCAGCCACUGCAGCAGCAGCAGCAGCGAAACGCCUACACACGCUUCUGACUGCAGCGCGGCUCCCGUCUCGACGGGCUUGGCCAGCCUGGAGAAGGGGUUUGCUUUUUCAUUAAGUAUGAAAGUUACAAAGUGGCGUCCACGUAUUCAUUGAUUUCUAUAAAGUAGUAUUCUGGAACAUUUUUUUUCUAAAAAAUUUAAAUAAUUGGGUUCCUAACCAGAAAGAUUUUUUUUCCUCAUUCCUUCUUAAACCAAGUCCUUUAUCUUGUAGUUAAUAUUUUCAUUAUUUUGUCACUGUUACUUCCAUUGUUAAGCUUUUUCUUUUGAGAAUAGUCAUAUAUUGAGAUCACCAUAUUAGAAAAUUGACUGCUUCUCUUCCAAAAUAUAGCGUUUGCUACCUGACCCAGACCUGGAGUACUGAGGUAGGCACUGAGACGCUCUGACCAUCUGGUGCACUGGUUCUCUAUGGCAGUGGCAACUGAGUCCUCGAAUCAAAGGACUGGAAAGUCCUCCCCAUCCCCUCCCCCCAUGCAACUGGAGUCAGCCUGGCGAAGCUGAAACAUCCAGCUGUGUCAUUUCAGCCAUUAGGUGUCUCUUCUGUGCUAAAGCGAUCUUAAUUUAUUAUUUUAGUAUUUAAUUGACCCAGAGAGCAGCUAGCAAUUAAUACAGAAAAACUGGAAGUUAAUAACUUGUUGUUUCUAAUAUGUAUGUGACUGUGUAGAAUUCAGACUUACUACAUUAUUUCUAGAAGUGAAAAAAAUCACUCAGUACCUUAAUGUUUUAAGUUAGAAGGAGCAGGUCUUUUUGUUUUGAUUGGUUUGGUUCUAGAGUUCUGUAAUGCUGGACUUGACUGUCUAGAAAGAGCAGUCUCUUUAUAACACAACCUCAGUUGGGAUGCUCAGGGAAUAAAGUUUUCUGAUAAACCAGAAAACCUUUUUUCUAUUUCAAUACUGGUUGAGAACCGUUCUAAAUUAUAACAGUACACUCUGCUGUUCUAACACAGCAUAGCAGGUCUAAUUUACUGUUGACUUGGGAUCAUCGGGCAUCUUGGGAUCAUGCAUAUCGAUGGUCUGAGCGGCUGGGCUGGGCGCAGCUCCUCAGAGGAAGCAGGCACAGGCCCUGGAACUCCUUCUUCAAUAAAUCUUCCCAUUUCCUUG